CCUGACAGUCCUCUCGUCCAAGACUGGCUCGAGGAUGCCUGGGAUACGGAGGAGAGUUUGAAUGAUGGAAGUGAGUUGUCACGGCGAGAAUUGUCUAUUGCAGGCAGCACGGGUGGCGGGAAGACGUCCAAAGUGCUUCGGCAGGGGGAAAAAUUUACAAAGCGCCAGUUGACAGCAGGCCGUAUACAGUAA